AUGAGUGGCCUCGCGACGAAACAGCAGUCGCACAAGAUCUUUGAGAAGCUUAAGUCGAAGCUGCCUAACAAGCUACGGCUAACAAAUCCCGUUUGCGACCAGACCUGCUUCGACUGCGGGCAAAACAACCCCACCUGGACCUCCGUUCCUUUCGGCAUCUAUCUGUGUCUCGACUGCUCCUCGAACCACCGCAACCUCGGCGUUCACAUCUCGUUUGUCCGCUCUACGAACCUCGAUCAAUGGCAAUGGGAACAGCUGCGGUUGAUGAAGGUGGGCGGCAACGAGUCUGCGUCCAAGUUCUUCCGCGCCAACGGCGGCACGGCCGCCCUCAACAGCAAGGACCCCAAGACGAAAUACCAGUCCAAUGCCGCCACCAAAUAUAAGGAGGAGCUGAAGCGACGUGCCGCAAAGGAUGCGCAAUCGUACCCCGAGGAGGUCGUUAUCACGGACGGUGCCGACGACGCUUCCUCGACACCUGCGGGUGAGCCAGAUGACGACUUCUUCUCUUCCUGGGACAAGCCCGCCAUCAAGCGCCCUACUCCCCCGAUCUCGCGCACCGCCACGCCGCCCGUAGUCGGUCGCACCCCGUCUCCCUUCAUCAACGCCGGAAAGGACGGCUCUCGAUCUGCGUCGCCCCUGGCCAAGCCGGAUGCCGCCGCCGACGCUAAACCCACCACCAGCCGCACCUCGUCCGCGGCUCUGAGAAAGACAACCACCACAGGCGCGGCCCGCAAGACCAACGUGCUCGGGGCCAAGAAGACAACAAAGCUCGGUGCCAAGAAGGUCACCAGCGACGUCAUCGACUUUGACGAGGCAGAGAAGAAGGCCAAGGAGGAGGCUGAUCGCAUCGCCAAGCUCGGAUACGACCCCGAUGCGGAGGAAGAGCAGACGCCCGCGAAUUCCGGCUCCGCUGCUACUAUCAUUUCACCGACUCCCGUCAGCCCUGCGCAGGGAGGCUCAUCACAUACUCGACAAAAGUCGAACGCCGAGGUAGAAAGGCUCGGUAUGGGCGUCGCUCGACUUGGCUUUGGUCAGAUAGGCGGCCCCAAGGCUGCCGCCGCCAAGGAUACCAAGAAGAAUGCCGGCGGCUUUGGCUCUGUUGGUCCCGUCAAGGCCCCCGUUGACGACUCGGAUAACUACGCCCGCAGCAAAUUCGGCACUCAGAAGGGCAUCUCAUCGGACGAAUACUUUGGCAAGGGCGCGUAUGAUCCCAACUCGCAGGCCGAGGCCAAGACUCGCCUGCAAGGCUUCGAGGGGGCGACGUCCAUCUCGUCUAACGCUUACUUUGGCCGCCCCGAGGACGAGCCCGAGGAGGAGUACGGCGACCUGGAGUCGGCCGCCAAGGACUUUGUGCGCAAGUUUGGCAUCACGGCCAGCGACGACCUGGAGAACCUGAGCAACCUGGUCGGCGAAGGUGCCACGCGCCUGCAGGGUGCCAUCCGCCAGUACCUUGGCAACUAA